GUGAAUGUGACAUGGCGUCCAUCAAGAUAUACCACGGCUGAAAUUUUAUGAAACUGUACUAAAACAGUGGUCUUAUUGCUUUUUAUUACCGGGGCCGCAAUAAAUCGUACAAUUGCAUUGAUGGUAAUGCAUGCAAGGAAACCGCAGCGAAUAAGCGAUGGGUACUUUGAGAAGCAUCAAACCCAUCCGUAUCAGAAGUACAAGAGUGAAAGAAGGGCUGCCGGGGAAUAUGUGUCCUCGGAGAGUCACUACUCUCCUCUUGUGUCACCGAAUGGCAAUGUGGCGUCCCAUGGACACGGCCACACCGGCCAUUCCGGGCAUGGCCACCACCACUACAGUCACUGCCCAGAUGAAAGGACGUACACAUCUUCGAGGAACUCAUAUGUGCACAAGGGAAGUGACAAGGAGAGGGAGAGAGACUAUAAAACUUCUAGGGAUAAGUACACAGACAGCGUCAGAUCACCCAAGGAGAAGCGUAGAGACAACGAGCGCGAGAGAAGCAACCACGAGCGGAGUGGUGACCCCGACAAGAAGAGUCGCGGCACCCUAAACAAUAGCGUUAGUAGGAGUAACAAAUACGAGAAGAGAAGCGGGAACAGCGCAGCAGAGCACAGCGCGGCGACGGCCAACGAGUGGUCCGAGCACAUCAGCUCAUCAGGGAAGAAGUAUUACUACAACUGCGUCAGCGAAGUGUCACAAUGGGAGAAGCCCAGGGACUGGGACGCACGGCGGACCUCAUCCAAAGAUUCAUCAUAUUCAUCUAGGAACAAUCACGACAAGAGAUCAAGUUCGCGGACAGGGCGGGAGACAGAAAAGGCAAGCAAAAAGAACAGCGGCUCGGACAGGUAUUGGAACUCCAGCAGUGCGCGGGAAGACGACGGCCAUGACAGAAAUAGACCAAAGCACUCGGCGCAUGAGGAUGGUCAAUCUCUGCAAGACAUGGACAUCUCGCCGGACCGCAGCACGCCGCUGUCGGAGGUGUCCUACGGGGCGCGGGACGCCCGCGGCGCCGAGCCCGCCGCCGUGCCGCCUGUCGUCGUACUUGACAAUUCUAAUCAGCCUAGCGGCUCGCUGCUAGCGGCGGCGCUGCCCCGCAUCGUGUCCAACAACGGCGGCGCGUCGCCGGGCAGCGCGGACGCGGGCUCCCCGCACCGGGACGCGGGGCCCCCCACGCCCACGCACUCGGAGAACGUGGACCCCCACGCGCCGCCGCUGCAUCUGGACAAUGUGCUGCCUAGAAAGAUGGAAUCGCUGGGCAGCUACUCGUCAGUGGUGGGCAGCGCGCUGCACGCGGCGCCCAUGCUGACGCCCUCGCUGGUGAACUACGUGCGCUCGGACCUCACGGCGCACGUCACCGGCUGGCCCGCCGACCUGCUCGAGAAACAGGCUAACAAGUUCACGGAGGACGCGUACCAGCUGGGCUGCCUGCAGUGCACGCGCGUGUCCGCCGAGCUCAAGUGCACGCGCUCGCUGGUGCGCCACACCGAGAUCUCCGCCACGCUGCACGAGCAGAAAAUAAUGUACCUGCGACAGCAGAUCUCGCGGCUGGAGGAGCUGAAGUCCCAGAACUCGUUCAUGUCGGACGACUAGGGGACGUGGUGGGGGGUGGCGUCCACCCCCCCGCCGCUUCACCUCCCCGCGCCCGCCUCGCCCACCGCCUUCCCCCCGCUCGCCGGGACCUUCUCCAUGCCCCUCAACGCUAUACAUUGUUCAUUCCGCUCUUUAUCUAUGUAAAGUUGUAAACUAGAUCGAAUGAUCGUUCUCGCUAUUUAGGUGUGUGGUGUGAAUUGGUGUUAGAGUAAGUUGAGAUUCGCCAGGCCGAGGCUUGGCUGCCGAUGAAAUUACAAUUCGACGGUGUGUUUGCAUGGACUGUGUUUGCCUAAGCAAUUUGAUAACUCUUUAAAUUUCUGGACUAGUGAAAAUACUAUUGUGUAUGUUGAAAUAUUAUUCUUUUACGAUGUAGGUUAAGAUAGCGGGAGCGAGGGCGCGGUCGGGCGGCCGCGGCGGCUGCGGCUACGUGCGCACUGUUCGCGCAUGCGCAGAACUGACUAGCCGGUUACAAUAGUGUUCAUUUGUAAAUGUAUAAAACAAAAUGUUAAUUACACACACUGUUUCAAAUAGGGCUAGCGUUUAAUUAAGUUGACACAAUCUGUACAGAUGCAUUGAGCUGAUAAGUUUUAUAGUUGUUAACUCUGGUUCGACGCGGUUGAUGUCGAUUGUGUUUUGUGAAUUGUUGGUCGGAUGAUGGCGGGAGGGGCGCUCGGGGGGGCGGGGCCUGCGACGGGCGAGUGGGACGGCCUCGCUGCGUCGCCGGCGAGUGGAGCGAGGGAAAGAGACAGCUAGAUGUCUCCGCGCUCCACGCCGCCCCGCCGAGCGCCGGUCACGGGUCACGGGUCGAGACCAAUCCUCGAAUUUAUGUCGCAUCUUCGCAUUAUACAGUCAUUUUUAAGAUUAACAUUACACGGUCAGUCUUAUAAGGAUACAAUUUUUUUGUUUUUUUUAUAAUGUUUUAUUUUGUAAAAAUAAAUUAUAAAUCUUUUCAAUAAUAAUAUGUAAAUUAUAACUCUUUUCAAUGUACCUAGCAAUUUCUGUUUUUGUACUGUAGUAAGUACUUUAGUUCUUAUGUAAGACAUUGCAGGAUUAUUUACACAGUAAUUAUGUAACAGUAGUGGCACGGAUGCUGCGUAUCUAAAUUAAACCAUUGGAAAUAUUUGUUGUAAGCUUGAGGCGUAUUUGUAUCAUCAGUUCUCUGUAUAGAACUAGCGACGCUGAACCUAGUGAUGCUAAAUUGUGUAAGAUUAGGCGAUACAGAUGAGUUUAAGGAUUAAAUUAUUUCUCAAUAUGUUGACCAAUCAGUGUAUGUCUACAGUUGUAUUAAUAUGAAUCCGUGUAAAUUGUUUGGCUAGUUUAAAUACUAUAGUAUCACAAUAGUCUGGACUUCUAGGGAUCCCCCGACCUGUCUUUUGCUGUUAGUCUAAGGUUUUGCUGAUCAAUCGAUCCAUUACCUUUAAAGUAGUGUUGGUAAACCAACAAUUAAGAGGGCCAAAAUUGUAUAUGAAUGUUAGCUUGUGGCCGCUAGCUUAAUAUACGACACAAACUAAAUUUCAUAAGAUUCGGCCUUGCAUAGGCAUCAAAGAUUGUGUGUCAUUUUACAAACUCCGAUAUAAGAUUCUCUGAUAGGUGUGACAUAUUAAAUUUGAUUUUCCUCUAAUUCUAUGGACAUUAUAACUAUUUUUAUGGACAUUAUGACUUGUAUUAUUGCAUGUGGUCUCGUUAUUAUAGUACAGAUGUCUGCAGAGAGCAGGGGCCCUAUCGCGAAGUAAAAACGUAGUAACAAAGAAACGAAAUUAUUAGUGUCAAAUUCAAUAAAAAUAAAGCGAAAAUCUUUGUCAUAACAAGUUCGCGAUAGGGAGCCAGGUUGGGGUGAUUAAAGAUUGUAACAUUAAUGCGACUGUAAUCUUCUGUGACGCGAACUGUAUUAGCAAAUCGUUAGUUAGGGAAAGAACUCUGGUCUAGGUCUUUUAAUUUGUCUACUAAAGUUAGGACUAAUAAAAAUGUAAUUUAGGUAAACUACUAAAGUUUAAACACCAAUAUAAAAAUUGUGUAAAAGUUUAACAGUGAAGUAAAUACUGUGAUAUAUGAAUUCACUUACACUCGUAAAGGAUAUCUACAUAUAUUAUGUGACGUAGGUAUUAGUGGACCUGUGUGGACCGGGUGUAAAGUAAAAUGGUUGCCGACGCAAGUCGCUUAUGGGUUUGUUACAAGUAUCGAUCAAUUUGGCAAUACAUAAUAAACAUAUUUUUAUAUUAAUGCAUGGAAGUCUUUGAAUUAAAAUUAUGUGUGUUAGUAGUGAGUUAGUAUUAAGUGAUCCAGUUUGAAGACGCUCCACACAGGGUUUUCAAAAGUUAUUCUAUAUAUCCAACUUAUAUAUAGGUAAUUCAAUCAAUUGAAAUGUGCAAAACCAAAAGUUUAACCAGUUUUUAAUAAAUCAGUUUCAAAUAAAAAGUGUUUAACUUCUUUAAGAAAAAAACUGAUUCAUUAGUUUGAAUAAAACGAAAUCAUGUA